AUGGCGAAUCCCUCACACUCCCAGGUUAUCGCUGCCCCGGACAGCUCCGGUCGGCUGCUGCGUCUGGUGAGCGCAAGCUCCGUUAUGAUGCAGUUGUUGGGCAAGAGCACCAACAUCCGCAUGUCUCAGAUUCUAGAGCACCACGAAGAUGAUGAUUUUAGUGCACACCGCACUAAAAUUGUGUGCACGAUGGGCCCAAGCUGCUGGGACGUGGACAAGUUGGUACAGCUCAUUGACGCAGGGAUGAACGUGUGCCGUCUUAACUUCUCGCAUGGUGAUCACGAAACUCACGGACGCGUGGUAAAGAACUUACAAGAGGCUCUUAAGCAGCGCCCGGGGAAACGCGUUGCCUUGCUCCUGGACACCAAGGGGCCGGAGAUCAGAACCGGUAUGCUGGAGGUGAGCGUCUGUGGUCCCUUAUACGACACGAGUAUAACUUCAAGUAAGCCGAUCGAGCUCAACGCUGGUGAUAUGCUUAAGAUUGUCACGGACUACAGCUUUGUCGGCAACAAGAGCUGCAUUGCCUGCUCCUAUCAGAAGCUUCCCACCUCGGUCAAGCCAGGAAAUACUAUCCUCAUUGCUGAUGGUUCACUUUCUGUGGAGGUUGUUGAAUGCGGGACGGAUUACGUCAUGACGAGGGUGAUGAAUCCUGCGACAAUCGGCAACAAAAAGAACAUGAACCUUCCUGGUGUGAAGGUUGACUUGCCUGUAAUUGGUGAAAAGGAUAAGAAUGAUAUCUUGAACUUUGGCAUACCCAUGGGCUGCAACUUCAUCGCGGCUUCCUUCGUACAAUCUGCAGAUGAUGUGCGCUACAUCCGCAGCAUUCUUGGCACCAAGGGACGCAACAUCAAGAUUAUUCCCAAGAUUGAAAACGUCGAGGGUUUGCUGAACUUCGACGAAAUUCUGCAGGAGGCCGAUGGUAUUAUGAUCGCUAGAGGUGAUUUAGGAAUGGAAAUUCCUCCUGAAAAGGUCUUCCUUGCCCAGAAGAUGAUGAUUUCAAAAUGCAACGUGGCUGGAAAGCCUGUGAUCACGGCUACUCAGAUGUUAGAGUCGAUGACGAAGAACCCGCGACCCACUCGUGCUGAGGCCGCUGAUGUGGCAAAUGCCGUUCUGGACGGUACGGACUGUGUCAUGCUCUCUGGCGAGACAGCAAACGGAAGCUUCCCUGCACAGGCGGUUACGGUUAUGUCUCGUGUCUGCUUCGAGGCCGAAGGCUGCAUUGAUUAUCAGCAGGUCUUCAGGGCCACUUGCCAGGCUACCAUGAGUCCCAUCGAUACCCAGGAAGCUGUGGCACGCGCUGCUGUGGAGACAGCUCAAUCUAUCAACGCGUCACUUAUCCUUGCACUCACCGAAACAGGCCGCACUGCCCGGCUGAUCGCUAAGUAUAGGCCAAUGCAGCCAAUCUUGGCUCUCAGUGCUUCGGAAGAAACCAUCAAGCACCUGCAGGUUAAUAGAGGCGUCACAACUCUCCUGGUGCCGUCCUUCCAGGGAACGGAUCAGUUGAUCAAAAAUGCGCUUUCUGCUGCCAAGGAGAUGCAGCUGGUCAGCGAAGGCGAGAGCGUUGUUGCGGUCCAUGGCAUGAAGGAGGAGGUUGCUGGCUGGUCGAACCUAUUGAAGGUCCUCGUCGUUGAGUAG